AAAAAAAAAAAAUCCAAAUUGUUAUUAUCUUUUUUGUUGUUGUGUGUACUUUUAAGACUGAAUUGCUAAUGUGAAUAUUUAAAUAAAAAACAUAUGUAUAGUUAUAUACCUAUUUGAAUGUGCUAUAUUUACACCGGUCAAAAUGACAUUAAUCUAAUUUAAUUAAAGAAAAAAUAUAACACGACAAAUUACAACAAAGACAUUGUUACUGGUGAAAAAUAAAAUUAUAAAAAAAUAAACAAACAAAGUGACAGUGUGUUGUCAUUAGUCUAUGUCUAUUUAUGCUAUUUAUUGUUUAAAAAAAAUAAAAAAAACAUCUUAUUAAAAUGGCAAGUAGUCGAGGAGAUUUGUCAUCCUCCUCGUCAACAUCAUCAUCACUAGAGGAAUUGUCUCAACCAUCUCGUAGCUCAGUAACAUCAUCAUCCAGAGAAAAUAUUAUUGAUACAACUCGUUCUGAUAAUCAAGGCUCAGAAAUGAAAAAAACCAACGAAGGAAAUCCAUUUAGUUUUAAACAUUUUUUAAGAAAAGCAUCGUCAUCAUCAUCAUCAUCAAUAUCAUCACAGACAAACUAUCGUAAUUCUGGUGCAAGACCAAAAGUUUAUUCAGAUUCUGGUAACACUGGUAAAUCAAGUGUUGAUAUUGACAGUGUUUAUGUUGCAAGAAAUCCAACUGAAUUGCCUGAUUUUGUUCAAGAUCAUUUGGUCAUUGAACAGUGUUAUUUAAAUAGCAAUAAUAAUGAUGGCAAUAAUGAUGGUGCUGUAUCACCAUCCUGUAUUCCAGAUAUUGAUAAUUUACCUGAUUUUGCAUUAAAUAGUAUUCCAAGAGCUCAUAGAAUUGAUGACAAUGAAAAUGCAACAAACUCUCAGCAGUAUGAUAAUUUACCCAAUGAUUUAACUGGACACAGAGGAAGAAGACCUGUUGGAUCAAUUGAACGACAGCACAAUGGUUUCUCAGAUAAUUUAGAAACAAUUGGAUCAUUUCCAUUAGAUUUACCAGUACAAGCAACAAAUGAUAGAGAUUUAAAUUUACAAGAUAGAGAUCGAUUAACAUCUCGUGAUAAUAAUAUACCAAAAUCAUUACCUGAUUUUUUAAGUGAUGGACCAAUUUUAAAUCGUGUUGUUGUUCCACAACAAGAAUCAUCAAUAUCAUCAUCAUCAUUAUCAACAACAGCAUCAACAGCUAUUUUAAAUUCAUCUGUUCCUGCUGAAAGAUUACUUGUUGAAAUUGAACAACUUAGACAUAAUUAUGAUUUGGCUAGAAGACAAAAUCAUGAACAAUAUCGAAGAAUACAAAUAUUGGAAGGAGAAUUAUCAACAAGACGAGCAGUUGAUAAUCAAGAAACAGCACAUUUAGAAAAAGCCAUGGAACAAGUUGAGGAUAAUUUAAAACGUAGUACUAGACGAGCUGUUAAUGCUGAAAGUGCUGUGACUACAUUGAAGCAAGAAGUUAAAACUCUCAAGUUAAAAAUAUCUGUUUUACAAAAUGAAAAUGAUGAAUUAAAAAAUUCCCUGGGUGCUAGAUACAACGAAAUGAAUGUUGGAUCAAAUAAUGAAAAAAAAAUUAAACAAUUUGCAAGUGAUAUUCGAAAUGCAGCAUCAUCAGCAGAGUACCUUCUGCGACAACUGAUGACUGGUGUUAAUAAUUUGAAUGUCAUUGCAUCGACAAUGGAAAAUGCUGAUAGAAUUGAGGACAGAACCAAAGACUAUUUAUUUGAUUUGAAUGACGAUGAUGACGCUGCUGCUGCUGCUGGCCCAGCUUUAUAAUUUUAAUAAACUAGUAUACAUUUGAAUCAUCAUCAACAACUCCCUCCUCCGUCAUCACUCAUCACUCCCAAGCCGGGAAUUGAACAAAAAUAUUUUUUAUCAAAUAUAAAAUAAAAGAAGCCAUCACGUCCAUUAUUCAUUUUUAUAGUUUAUUAUAUAAUAUAACAUAUACCUUAUACAUAAAUAUAUAUAUUUUUUUUGUUUUUGUAAAUUAAAAAUUAUAAUUAUCACUAUUAUUUAUAAAAUAA